AUGCAUAUGUUAGUGGGCCAUGAACCGCUUUUCGGCGCCGCCCCCAAGGGCACCAAACCCACCCUCAACUCCGCCAUCUCCAACAUCGACGACCGCAUCGCCUCCAUCGACGUCAAGCUCGCCUCCAUCAACGCCGAGCUCACCACCUACUCGUCCAAGCUCGCCAAGAUGCGCGACGGGCCCGGCAAGUCCGCCCUCAAGCAAAAAGCCGCCAAGGUCCUCCAGCGCCGCCGCAUGUACGAGUCCCAGCGCGACCAGCUCCAGGGCCAGGUCUGGAACAUGGAGCAAGCCCAGACCAUGCAGGACAACCUCAAAAACGUCAUGACCACCGUCGACGCCCUCAAGACUACCAACAAGGAGCUCAAGCGCCAGUACGGCAAGGUCGAUAUCGAUCGCAUAGAGCGCCUCCAGGACGAGAUGGCGGAUCUGCUCGACGUCGGCAACGAGAUCCAGGACAGCUUGGCGAGGAACUACGACAUACCCGAGGACGUGGACGAGUCCGAGCUCGAUGCCGAGCUCGAGGCCCUCGGCAUGGAGAUUGAGAUGGAGAGGGAGUCGGAGAUGGGCGCCAUGCCUUCUUUUAUGCAGGAUGAGAUGCCCGAGUUCAUCGAUGAGCCUCCUCUUAUGGAGGGCAAGGUCAAAGAAGCGGCGGGAUAA